UAUAAAUGUAAAUAUUAAAUUAUAGGUGUUAGAUAUGUAAACUCAAAAGAAUUAGGUGAUUUACCUUUUCGUUGUAUUGAUUGAUCGAAAAAGGCAAAAUAGUAAACCGCUUCUGCAGAAAUAUUUCGGAAGCCGAUAAGCUUUCUACCAUCCUCAGCACUGCUGCUUCUAUGCAAAUUCUAAGCCCUCAUCUUCCUCCUCGCUAUCCCGCUUCCUCCUCUUCUCUUCCCCUUACUCACCGUUUUUAUAACCCUAAUUGCUCGGUGUUCCUGACCCUACGCACUACUUCGUCUCUUCUCUCCUUUGCUUCGUAUGGCCGCGAUGGGCUUUACUCCUCUAAAGGAAGAGGCGGUACCUGUUUGAGAGCGAGCCGGAGGGAAUCGCCUUACGAGGUGUUGAGCGUCUCUUCCUCUGCCACUCAGGAGGAGAUCAAGAAGGCUUACAGAAGACUCGCCCUGAAAUACCACCCUGACGUUAACAAGGAGGAGAAGUUCAUGCGGAUAAAGCAUGCGUAUACUACUUUAUUAGGAUCAGGAACUCGGUCAAAGUUUGGUUAUUCCACAAGUAAACGUGAAAAUCAAAGAAGUCGGCAGGCUUCUUCCCACGAAGAAGAGUUUUAUGGGCUAGGUCAAUUUCUGAGAGAAGUUCAAAUAACGAUAGCGGACUUCUUCAGGGAUUUGCAGAUAGAGUUUCAGAAUUGGGAAACAGGCAUAAACUCACAGGAGAAACCUAAAAGCUUAUGGGAGGAAUUGGCAGACAUUGGGGAGGAGUUUGUUGAGUUCUUAGAAAAGGAGCUAAAUAUUAAUGAAUCUGGCGCUGAAGCAGAAGAAAAUCCUUUCAGUGAGAACUCUAAAAAUGAGUUUAAAGCUGAAGAGAACAAGGAAAUUAGCAUUGAAGAUAACAUUGAUGAGAUAGAAGCUGCUCUCGAUCAGUUAAAAAGGAAUUUGGGACUCUAAAAGAUUUUUUUCUCAUCAGUUAAUUCUUCAACAACUACUGUCAGAAAAAUAUUCCAUUAUUGUUGGAAAACCUUUUAUUUUAUUUUAUAAGAAAGUUUCAUA